CCCGCGCCCCCCGCGUCAGAAGACCACCUCCAAGUUCAAGGACGCACUUGUCACCGAGUCUUCAUGCUCACCUGCCCAUACCCAUUCUCGUGCUGGUCUCGCUGCAGGACGAAACUCCAGGAAUGGAUUCAGCCUGGAGUGGCGCCGUGAUGAGGCCCUUAACGGCCACCAGGUCACCGGUUUGUUGUCCCUCGCGCAACGGCGUUCCUGCACAUUUAUAUUUGUAGGCGACUACUCACUUGAACCUUCGCAACACGUUCAUUGCGCAUUGGGGCGCCACAGCGUCAUUUCGCUGGUCGACCCUCAGACGUCCUCCGACGCUGUUUAAUCCACUCGCGCCUUACAAUGAUGCUUAAGGCCUACUCUGGAGUCCAUGGUUCCACGCAACCGCGCGCUGGGCGUGUGGAGCGACGGGCCAUCCGUGGUGCAGUGCGGAGGCUGUGCCCGUUGAUGCGCAAUGCGCAGGGCCGCGCGCCGCUGCGGACCCCGCUGUGCGAGGCGAGCGCCGAGCCCGGCACCGCCACCACCUCUGCGCCGGUGCGGGACGGCAAGUUCGAGAUCACCCUGAAGGGCCUGGAGGCGCUGCAGACGGUGCGGCUGGGUCUGGUGCCGGACGGCCGCGGGCAGGCCGUGGUGGUCACGGAGGUGGCAGAGGGCAGCCGCGCGGAGGAGCUGGGUGUGACACGAGGCAUGAAGAUGAAUGCGCUGAGCGACCCCAUCCGCUACGGCGAGCUGUGGGACCUGCAGGACCGCCCCAGUCUGCGCUUCGUGGUGGACACCUUCAAGAUGCGCCGCAACCAGCCCAUCGACCUGCAGUUUGAGCCCAUGAUGAAGCAAUCCGAAAUGGACAUCAUCUUUGGCCCCUCGGGCGCAAGUUCCAGCAGCGACGACCGCGAGCCAUCAGAGGUGAACGCGCAGGCGGCAGCUUCUGGCAGCCCCAGCCCCAGCCCCAGCGGUGCCGCCUCGCCGGCUCGGGUGUCACUGGACCAGACGCCCGACAGCCCGCUGGGAUCCGUCAACUCCAUUGACCAGCUGCUGGGGACCGUGAGCGACAGCGAGGAGACGAUAGGCGACAAGCUAGCGCUCAAGUACCAGGAGCAGCAGCGGAUCCGAGUGGCGGUGAACCAGGUGCAGAAGCGCAUCGACCGGCGGAAGGAGUACAUGGCCAUCGACGACCAACGUGACGACACGGGUCUGCUACUGGGGCUGGCCGCGGCGUUCCUGAUCCCGCCGCUCAUCAUCCUCAUCAUCGCCUUCGCCUCUGGCUACCUGGACCAGAUCUACCUCACCUCGCUCGGCAUGUUCCGUGACUAAGGCGCAGUCAUGAACUAAAGAACUAACAACGAUGUAUGCAAUGGUGUGGGGUUGGCAGUGUUGAUGGGCGGAAUGGCGGCUGCGUGGGGUGCGGGAAGGGGUGCUGAACAAGUGUGGUGCGGCGUUGCGUGCAAGGGAGCCGUGCUGCUGGGUCCUGGAGAGGCGGUCUCUGCGCUGCGCUGGCGAAGGGCUGUGAGGGCCUACCUUCGCUGGUCAAAAGGCAUCUCAAGAUGUUAUCCAAGGUCCUUCUCUAGGAACUAUGGUUGGGAGUGUGGGUUCCUCUCGCACUGGUGCCUGGGUGCCGGAGUGACCAAUAGGGUUCACAGGCGUGCAGCACAUGGUGACGCUGGGUGUUAUUCCAAUCAGAAUGUCUCGAACGGUGGUACUGGUGGUGGAUUGGGCCGGAAUAAGGCGGAGGAGGAAGGAACAAGGACAGCUAAGCCUCGAGGUGGACUGCGGGUGGACCGCGGGUGGACCGCGGCAUGAGGCCAAACCCUAGAUGCUUGAAGUUCACCGCUACUUGCUUGCCUCGCACCUCCACAUUUAAAAACAUACGAAA